AUGGCAAGAAUUAGUAAAGAACUGCUGAAGAUAAGGAAGGCACUGGAGCACGGGGACUCUGAAUUUCUAGUGGACCUUGCACCAGUAGAUGACUCUGAUCUGUCUCGGUGGUUCGCUGUGAUCAAAGGCCCAGCAGAGACACCUUAUUACCCGUAUGAGUUCAAAUUGGCAAUAGAAGUACCCGCCAGUUACCCUAUGGUACCACCUACUAUCAAAUUUGUAUCUGAUGCGAAGGCAGGUAUCCGAGUCCCUCCGCAUUGCAAUGUGGAUAGGAGAACGGGCGAGAUCUGUUUGGAUAUACUGAAACCAGAAGGGUGGUCGCCGAUCUGGGAUAUCCUGCAUGUAGUCCAAGCAAUACAUAUACUACUCCAAGAACCGGUGCCAGACUCACCACUGGACGUCGACAUGGCAAACAUCCUCAAAAACAACGACAUGAGCGCAUACAAUGGCAUUAUCAGGUACUUCCUCACUGAAAUCGACUCACCAUGA